AUGGGAGACAGAGAUUUUAGAAAGCAAUGCUUAUAAUGUAAGCGUAUGAUUCCUCAAUUGCAUGUUUGCAUAAGUUAAUCUUGUGAGGAGAAGUUUAUGACAUUGAUUUGCGAGUAAUGUCAUAAAGAUAUUCAUGAUCAUCAAAAGAUCCAUGAAAAGAAGGAUAACGUGAAGCAAAUCAGUCUAGACGAAUUUCUUCUAUAGAUUGAAGGCAUGAUAGAUAGACAAAACUAAAUAGAAAAGGAAGGAAAAAGCGAAGACAUUUUAAAUCUUGUUAGCUAAAUAAAUGAUUCAGUUAAUACAAUUGAUGAUAUUGUUAGCAGAUUAUAAGGGGUAAAAAGCAAUUUGUUAACCAUCAAAGAGUAAGUCUCAAAUCCCUCUGCAUAGGCCAAAACAAUCCAUCAGAAUUUACAAAUUUAAAGUUCUUCAAGUUAUCAAUAAAUUAUUCAAAAUUUACAAUAAUUAAAAGGUUUCGCCUAGUUUGAGGAUAACACAUUAGUGUUGAAGGAUUUAAAGCAAACAAAUAUUGUGCAUGAAGUUGCUCAAACUUAAACUAGAGUCAACAAUAUAUUAUAAAUUUUAUAACAAUCCUCUUAGUAGACAUAAUAACAGUAGCAGUUGACAAAGGAUGCACUCAAGUCAUAGGCAAUCGAAAAGGUUAAUCAACAUAUCAAGCAACUCAACCUGAAUAUCUCCUUUAAUUCAUUUGUAAGUUUCUUAGAGAUUUCGCAUUUAAUAAAUUGA